AUGAGUCCUAUAUUGGCUAGUCGGCAAGCCGAAGAGCUACAUAAAUCUAUAGUGGCAUACCUAUCCGCGAAUGGUUUACCAAAUGCCGCUGCUGCUCUAAGAGAAGAGCUGAAACUUUCAGAAGAUGUGUUCGACUCAGCUACUAUGAAGAAAUACGAAACAUUGCUGGAGAAAAAAUGGACCAGUAUUGCUCGUUUACAAAGAAAGAUCAUGGACCUCGAGUCUCAUAAUGCGGCGUUACAAUCCGAGCUCGAUAAUGCAUCGCUGACCACCUCUUCCAAGCGCAACAAAGACCCAACUUCGUGGCUUCCCACUCUCCCCUCUCGGUAUACGCUCGAAUCGCACCGCAGUACAAUCAAUUGCCUGGCUUUCCAUCCAAAGUUUUCUUCUAUUGCCUCGGGUUCAGAUGACUGUACGAUUAAAGUAUGGGAUUGGGAACUCGGAGAAUUGGAACAAACACUCAAAGGCCAUACGAGAGCAGUUCUUGAUGUUGACUACGGCGGCGCACAAGGUAGCAUUAUUCUUGCAUCUUGCAGCUCUGAUCUUUCAAUUAAGCUUUGGGACCCAGCGGACGGAUAUAAGAAUGUCCGGACUUUGGUCGGUCAUGAUCACAGUAUCAGUGCUGUUCGUUUCAUUCCUGGUGGAAACUUGCUUGCCAGUGCCAGCAGAGACAAGGAUCUGAGAAUAUGGGAUUCUACCACUGGGUUUUGCGUCAAAGCAAUCCAAGGGCACACUGCCUGGGUGCGAGACGUCUGCCCUUCAUUCGACGGGAAUUUUUUGCUUUCCACUGGUGACGAUAUGAGCGCCCGAUUAUGGGAUAUUUCUAAUUUAAUGAACCCAGACAGCAAACUUACCAUGGUUGGGCAUGACCACGUCAUUGAAUGUUGUGCAAUCGCCCCUGCUACCACUUAUCAGUAUCUUGCGCAGCUGGCUGGGCUCAAGAAAAAUUCAACCACAAGGAAUGCAGUAGAGUUCGUGGCAACUGGAUCGCGAGACAAAACUAUCAAAGUCUGGGAUGCCCGUGGGGCUUGUCUCAUGACACUAGUAGGGCAUGACAAUUGGGUCCGGGCUAUCAUGUUUCACCCCGGGGGCAAAUAUCUGCUGUCGGUAUCGGAUGAUAGGACAUUGCGCUGUUGGGACUUGAGCCAGGACGGGAAAUGUGUGAAAACCCUUAGUGAUGCUCAUGCACGUUUCAUUACUUGUUUGGCGUGGGCUCCGGGAAUUGUGAAAGAUGCCCCCGCUGCUUCGGAGGGACAGACGACAGAAACCAAUGGAGCGUCGAAGAACAAAGCAACGGGAGAUAAUUCUUCCAAUGUACAGAUUCGCUGCGUUAUCGCUACAGGGAGCGUAGACGAAACGCUGAAAAUCUUUGCAAGCUAA